AUGGGGGCGCCCCUGACGUCGGUCGCCGUCGGGGCGCGCGCGCUGUCGCUGCUCUGGGGCCGGCCGCUCGUCGGCGUCAACCACUGCGUCGGCCACAUCGAGAUGGGGCGGCACGUCACGGGCGCCGCCGACCCCGUCGUGCUGUACGUGUCGGGCGGCAACAGCCAGGUGAUUGCCUACGCCGAGCGGCGCUACCGCAUCCUUGGGGAGACGCUCGACAUCGCCGUGGGCAACUGCCUCGACCGCUUCGCGCGCACCCUCGGCAUCAGCAACGACCCGGCCCCCGGCUACAACAUUGAGCAGAUGGCCAAGGCCGGCCGCCGGCUGCUCGACCUGCCCUACACCGUCAAGGGCAUGGACUGCUCCUUCUCCGGCAUCCUGGCCGCCGAGACCGUGUUUGCCAUGCUCGUCGAGAUCACCGAGCGCGCAAUGGCCCACGUCGGCACCAGCCAGGUCCUGAUUGUCGGCGGCGUGGGCUGCAACCAGAGGCUGCAGGACAUGAUGGGGCUGAUGGCGAGGGAGAGGGGAGGCAGCGUGUAUGCUACCGAUGAGAGGUUUUGCAUUGACAACGGCAUCAUGAUUGCCCAGGCCGGAUUGUUGGCCUACAAGACGGGAUACACUACGCCCUUGGAGGAGAGCAUUUGCACGCAGAGGUUCAGGACCGACGAGGUCUAUGUCGAGUGGAGGGACUGA